AAGUCCAUCGCCUACACUCUGACCAGUAACAUCCCUGAGAUCUCCCCCUUCCUCCUCUUCAUCAUCGCAAACAUCCCUCUGCCCCUGGGAACCGUCACCAUCCUCUGCAUUGACCUGGGAACUGACAUGGUCCCUGCCAUCUCUCUGGCUUAUGAAGAAGCUGAGAGCGACAUCAUGAAGAGACAGCCCAGAAACCCCAAAACAGACAAGCUGGUGAACGAGCGGCUCAUCAGCAUCGCAUACGGACAGAUAGGUAUGAUGCAGGCCACAGCUGGCUUCUUCACAUACUUUGUGAUCCUGGCUGAAAACGGGUUCCUCCCCAUUGACCUGCUGGGGAUCAGAAUGAUGUGGGACGACAAGAUGGUAAAUGACCUGGAAGACAGCUACGGACAGCAGUGGACAUACGAGCGCAGAAAGAUCGUAGAGUUCACAUGUCACACAGCUUUCUUCGCCAGUAUCGUGGUGGUCCAGUGGGCCGAUCUGAUCAUCUGUAAGACCAGGAGGAACUCCAUCCUGCAACAAGGAAUGAAGAACCGUAUCCUCAUCUUUGGUCUGUUCGAGGAGACAGCUCUGGCUGCCUUCCUGUCCUAUUGCCCCGGCAUGGACAUUGCCCUCAGAAUGUACCCUCUCAAGCCAUGCUGGUGGUUCUGUGCCUUCCCCUACUCCCUCCUCAUCUUCCUGUACGAUGAAGGCAGAAGAUAUAUCCUCAGACGCAACCCAGGCGGUUGGGUGGAGCAGGAGACAUACUACUGAGUCAACACACAGUCAGUGUUCCAUCGUUAUUUACUGCCAUGUUACAUAUUUGUCUGAUAUGUCAGUCAGACCCCGAAAACAAAAAGCAUGGAUGAAAUAAGAUUAUUUUGAUGUAUAUGUCAUUCACAAUAAAACAUUUCCGUACUAUUGUACAUUGAU